UAAGUUUGUGCUCCACCGGCCCUCUAGGUUUAUAAAUUAGUUAACUUGAUCUUGGAAGGAUGGACAGUACCGAUUGAUUAUCCUUUUUUGGGUGAAUAAGAUUUAACUUGCUCUUAUUUCUCAUACUCUUGAGCUCUUUCGAAGUAUGGGUUUUUGGCGUUUGGCCCAACAAAAGCUAAAAACAUGUUGUAAAAUAGGCUCGGUCCAUUCCAAGAUUGAUCAGUGGUUGGUAAGUAAAAAAGCUAAUUAUUAGAACAAGGAAAUCUCAGCAUAUUGAGAGUUCACGACCCCCGGUUCAAACCCAUCGUCUUUUUUUUCAUUUUUCUAUGUGGUUAGUACCAUGAAAUUUUCACCUCAGCAAUGCUCUGGUUCGUCAAAUUUGUUGAAACCAAAGUCACCCGGGCCAAGCAUUUAUUUCCUUCUUACUCUAUCUCUCCAACUCAAGCUCCAUUUAAGCAUAGGAACAAGAGCUCUCAAACAUGUCUUUUUAUUGCAAAUCUUGAUUCUGAUUUGGCUACAACAAAUCAGGGCAAAAAGGCAAUUGAACGACUGUUAGAGAACCCCCAAAGAUUAGAUUUUGAGACGAUUUUCUCUCUUUUAAAAACAUCUUCCAAGCUCAAGUCUUUAAGGAGAACCAAAAGAAGCCAUAGCCUUUUGCUAAUCAAGGGCUUUUACCCACAUAAUAUAACCCUGUUAUCUCAGCUUAUAAAUGCCUAUGUCAACUGCGAUAGCUUUCAAGAAGCUCUUCUUGUGUUCAACCACCUCCCCAAAAGGUCUCUUUUUGCCUAUAAUUCAAUCAUCAAAGGGUUCAUAAACCAGGGCCUUUUUGUGGAGGCCCUUGAACUCUAUAGUUUAUUACUUGAUGAAGGCCUAAUCCCUGAUAAUUUCACCUUUCCCUGCGUUUUGAAGGCAUGUGCUGGUUUAUGUUGGCUUGAACAAGGCAAAAAAAUCCACGAAUUCAUCAAUUUUUUAAGUGAAUCUUCUAAGAAUUAUGAGCCCAACAUGUUUGUGGACUGUGCUCUCAUAGACAUGUAUGAGAAAUGUGAAAGCUUAAUUGAGGCCCAAAAAGUAUUUGAAGGAAUGCCUUACAGAGAUUUGGUUUCAUGGACGGCCAUGAUUUGUGGCACCGUGCAUAAUGGGCAUUGGCUUAAAGCUCUUGUUCUGUUCUCUAAGAUGAGAGCAGAGGGCAUUAAGCCUGAUCCUGCAAUGUUGUCGGCUAUUCUCCCUGCUUGUAGUCGCUCCUCUGCACUUCCACAGGGAAAAAUGCUCCAUAGUUUUACAAUUAGGAGUGGAAUUGAUGGUUCUUUGAAUGUGAUGAAUGCACUUGUUGAUAUGUACUCCAAAUGUAACAGAACCCAAGAAGCAUGGCUUGUUUUUCUCAGUAUAGAAGAUAAGGAUUUGAUCUCAUGGAGCAGUAUGAUUGCAGGUUAUUCACAAAAUGGCGAGUACAAAGAAUGCUUGGAACUCUUUCUUAGUCUGAUUAGAGAAGGUAUUAGACCCAAUUCAGUUAUAUUUCCUAGUGUCCUUCCUUGUUUUGGUGCUUUAAAUAUGUUGAAUAAAGGGAAAGAGGUCCAUUGUAAUGUAAUUAGAAAUGGGUUUGAGUUUGAUGUGUUUGUGGGAAGCUCACUGAUCGAUAUGUAUGCCAGAUGUGGAUGCAUGAAAUGGGCAGAGUUGGUCUUUGAGAUAAUGCAAGAUAGAGAUGUUACAAUUUGGAACUCUAUAAUUAAUGGAUAUGCCGAGUGUGGUGAUUUGGAUAAGGCAUUUAUAUUGCUGAGGACGAUCAGAGAUACUGGAACUGAACCCAAUUCUGUUACUAUUGUGAGUGUUCUUCCGUUAUGCACUAGCUUGGCAACUCUGCAGCACGGAAGAGAAAUCCAUGGCUAUGCCAUUAAAGCUGGCCUUGGGUCAGUGGUAAACGUUGGGAAUGCGCUUAUUGAUUUGUACUGUAAAUGUGGGCAUUUGGAGCUCGGUUUGAAGGUCUUUGGACAGAUGAGAGAGCGAGACAUUGUUACGUAUAACUCAAUCAUAGCAGCACAUGGAAUGCAUGGUAACACAGACCAUGCUUUCUCUCUCUUCAACCAAAUGGAGAGAGAGAGAGUGGAGCCUAACAAGGUUACCUUCCUUGCACUUUUAUCGGCUUGCAGCCAUGGAGGACUGGUAGAAAGAGGUCGGGUUUUCUUCAAUUCCAUGACUGAUGAUUAUGGCAUCAAACCCGAGAUGGAACACUAUGCUUGCAUGGUUGAUAUGCUUGGGAGAUCAGGCUGCCUUGAUGAAGCAUGGGAGUUCAUCAAAGCCACGAAAAUAGAGCCCGGUAUCGAUGUUUUAGGAAGCCUUCUUGGAGCAUGUAGAGUUUAUAAUAGGAUUGAUAUAGCUGAGAAGGUUUCGGAGAAGCUUUUCAAGAUGGAACAAAGUGAUGCAGGGUAUUAUGUGCUCUUAUCAAACAUAUAUGCAGCUUCGGGCAGAUUGGGUGAAGCAAUGCAAGUAAGAAAAUUGAUGAGAGAAAGAGGGAUUUCAAAGAAUCCUGGGGUCAGUUGGGUUGAGGUUGGAGGGUCAAUGAACUCAUUUCUAGCAAGAGAUAGAUCACACCCUGAUAGGGCUAAAGCAUAUGAGGCUCUGAAAAGCUUGAUCUUACACAUGAAGAAUGAGGGUUAUGCUCCUGAUACUAGCUUUUCCUUGCUUGAUAUUGAAGGGCAUGAUGAAAAAGAAGGGCGGGCUCUUGGGUACUCAUUUUAUAGUCCCCAGGCAAUGAACCAAUGACACGUCUAUUAAGUACCGUGGUGACCUUUUUGGAGCA